UUUCGCUUAAAUUAGCUGGUCACACCACUGGUUUCCUCUUUUUCUCUCUUUCCUUUUCUAAUCGUGAGCAAAACCUGCUCGAUUGAAUUGUCGGAACCAUGGUAAACGGCCGCAUACCCUCGGUCUUCUCGAAGACCUACGUGACUCCUCGUCGCCCCUAUGAGAAGGCGCGUCUGGACCAGGAGUUAAAGAUCAUCGGCGAGUAUGGUCUGCGCAACAAGCGCGAAGUGUGGCGCGUCAAGUACGCCCUGGCCAAGAUCCGUAAGGCCGCCCGUGAGCUGCUGACCCUCGACGAGAAGGACGAGAAACGUCUGUUCCAGGGUAACGCUCUUCUGCGUCGUCUGGUCCGUAUCGGUGUCUUGGACGAGUCCCGCAUGAAGCUCGAUUACGUGUUGGGUCUGAAGAUCGAGGACUUCUUGGAGCGUCGUUUGCAGACUCAAGUGUUCAAGUUGGGAUUAGCCAAGUCGAUCCAUCACGCCCGCGUCCUGAUCCGCCAGCGUCACAUUCGUGUGCGCAAGCAGGUGGUAAACAUCCCGUCGUUCGUGGUGCGCCUGGACUCUCAGAAGCACAUCGACUUCUCCCUGAAGUCGCCCUUCGGCGGCGGCCGUCCCGGUCGCGUCAAGAGGAAGAACCUGAAGAAGAACCAGGGCGGUGGUGGCGGAGCUGCCGAAGAGGAGGAGGACUAAGCAGCGGUAGCCAGCUGCAGCCAAAAAAAAAUACAUGGCGCAGACUUUUGAUAAAAAUCAUUUUGUUUUACAAAAAUAAAUGUAAAAUGACCAUCUAAAAUUUCCUUCUGGAUUUAAAUAAUAGAUAUGAUAUAUGGGACUUAUCAAAUAGAUGCUUUUAAUAGUUUUUGAUAAAUAAAAAAAAGAAGCGUUAAAGUUAA